AUGACUUCACCUCCCAAUUGGUUCGGACACUCUUGCCGGCUCACACUCACUCUUCAUUUCGUUCUAGCGAAUCUCUGUUCUGCCGAGACUUGUGAUUCCUUGUGGCGCCAUCGGGCAGCAGAUCAAAAAGCUUUUGAUACAGUAACGGUGACAGGAGGCUUCGAUUUCGAUGUGGCUCAACUAAACUAUUCCUUCGGAGGCCUUUCCUGUACCUUAGGCAUUCGGCACAAAUCCGGGAAUAUCUUGACCAUUCUGGUCGACCUUAUUUCCAGUUGCGAUUUAUCCCUCUGGAGACAAGACCCUGUACAUGCAGCCCACCAUUUCUUAAGCUCCUGCCCAGUAAUGCCCAAAACCAAUCGGGAAAUUAAACACUCACCCAAAUACUCCUCAUUUGCGACCCUCCGUCUUGGUUGUGGGGCAUACAACUUGUGCGAUUCGGCUUUUUUGCUAUCGGCCCGACGUACACUUUGGUCCAAACAGCCGCCUGGCUGGCAACACGGACGGCACAUGUCUGAGAUCAGCACACGGUCUGCGGGUGAGCUUGAUCACAAGAGGCAUGAACCCAUCCAAGCGACAUCAUCAACACUUGAACUAGCGCUUUUUGCUCACAUACACUCUCCCAUGUGGACCGGCCUUACACCUUUCACUCGACCACCCGACCGCUCUCUCACCCUUUUUCAUUCAAACCCAUGGCUUACUUCAGGUUCAAGCGGCCUGAUCUAUGAGGCAAGAGUCGUGGAGGGCGGUGGCUGA